CUGGCCCGCGGCUCAGGGUAUAAUUAGCCGCGCGCCACUGCCACUGUCGGCGACGUGGGGGUGCUGGACGUCGGGACACGCGAACCCGCGCGCAGAGCAGGAGAGCGGGAGCUGCUGCACCCCCGGAGGUCCAGCGGACCUGGGCCAUGCGCGUCUCCACGCACCGCCCCUCGGACCCGGGACGCGCGUCCCUCCCCGCCCCGAAGGACAGCCUGGACCUGCCUUUACCUACUCGCAGAAGCCCCUCCUGGCCUCCGUCCCCGGACGACGACCCCGGCCUGCCUCCCUUCCCUCGGGAAGAGCCUGGCCCCAAGUCCAUGGCACCGGGAUCCCUGCCCUCUCCAGCUUUGACGCUGGAGGAAGACGAGGACAGAGAUGAGGACGAGGGGGGCGCGGGCGUGGCGGAGCCCGAGGGGCUGCGCAGCGAGGAGCACCCCAGCCAGUUCUUCGCCGAAGCCCAGAGGCUGCGUGAGCAGAGGCUGCUGCUGGACGAGGAGGUGUCCGUCGGGGGGCGAGUAUACGGGGUGCAUAGAGUGAUUCUGGCCGCGGUGAGCAGCCUGUUCAGAGACAGGCUGCUGGGAGACGGAGGACCGCGAGCCCCCUUAAACCUUGACGUGGCCCCCAGAGCCUGGGAGGCCGUGGUGACCUUUGCGUACGAGGGGGUGCUGGGCCCGGCCCCGCCGAGAGAUGUGCUGCUGGCGGCCGAGGCUCUGGGGGCGCCCCGGGUGAAGGCCGCGGCGCAGCGGGGCUGCAAGGCCAUCGGAAGCGCCAGGGACGAGGACCAGCAGCGCAGCCAGGCCGAGGAGCUGAGGGAGAGCCUGCGCAGCAUCGAGCUCCUGUACCAGGAGGGCGUCGGGUGCGACCUGGAAUUGGAGGCUGCGGGCUGCAGGCUGCGGGUUCACCGAGCAGCCCUGGCCUGCGGCAGUGAGUUCUUUGGGGCCAUGCUCCUGAGCGGAAUGAAGGAAUCCCAGGGCACAAAGGUAUCUCUGCACACCAUCUCCGCCCAGGACCUGCGACUGCUCGUCUCUUUUGCCUACUCUGGGGUUGUGCGGGCAAAAUGGCCAGGACUGCUGAGAGCUGCCCAGGCUGCUCUCCUGUACCAGAGCUCUUCCUGCCUGGCUCUGUGCCAGAAUGCCCUGGCCCAGGGUCUCAACCCAGCCCGUUGCCUGGUCCUGUUCCCCAUGGCCGACGCCCCGGGCUUGGAGAGACUCUGGAGCAAAGCCCGUCACUACCUCCUCACUCACCUGCCUGCUGUGACUCUGUGCCCCUCUUUCCCUUCUCUACCUGCUGCCUGCCUGGCCGAGCUCCUGGACAGCGAUGAGCUCCACGUGCAGGAAGAGUUUGAAGCCUUCAUGGCUGCACGUGUCUGGCUGGCUGCCCACCCUGAGAUGCCAGAGUCAGAGGCCAGGGCCCUGCUUCACUGCGUCCGCUUUGGCCGUAUGUCUACCAGGGAGCUGCGGAAGGUGCGGACCACCGGACUGCCUCCACCGCUGUCUGCAGACUUGCUGCACCAGCUGAUAGUGGAGGCUGAGAUCCCCGGCCGGGCGAGGCGAAGGGAGCCCGACCAGGCUCUGAUAGUGAUUGGUGGGGACGGGCUCCGGGCUGAUAUGGCCGUGAGGCAGCCGUCCCGGAAAGUGUGGUGGGCUCGGGCCUUCUGCUGCGGCACAGGCCUGGUGCGCACGGUGGAGUGGGGACGGCUGCCCACGCUGCCCGCCCCGGGGCGCUUCCGGCACGGGGCUGCGAGCCUGACCGGAAAUGAACUGUACGUGUGCGGGGGACAAGAUUUCUACUGCAACUCCAGCACCCUGGCCUCGACUCUCAGGUGGGACCCCAGUCAAGAGGACUGGGAGGAGAUGGCCCCAUUGUGCCAGGCUCGCUGCUUUUUCCCACUGGUGGCACUGGAUGGGCUUCUGUAUGCCCUGGGUGGACGAGACAAUGGUGUUGCCCUCAACUCUGUAGAGACCUAUAACCCAGAGCUCAAUGUCUGGAGGCCUGCGCCACCACUUCCGGUGCACUGCUUUGCUCAUGCGGCUGCUGUUUUAGAUGGACGACUGUACCUGAGUGGCGGCUGUGGCAGAAAUGGUCAAUUCCUGGGAUCCUUGCUUCACUAUGAUCCCAAACUGGAGAAGCCAGGCACGUUUCUGUGCCCCAUGGGAGUCUCUCGGGCUGGACACGUCAUGGCUGCUCUAGGGGGUCGGUUGUAUGUGGCAGGGGGCCUCGAUGAGACUGGGGAUCUCCUAAGCUUCGAGGCCUACGACCUGAGGACUAACAGCUGGACCCACCUGGCACCUCUGCCCUCGCCCCACGUAGGAGCUGCAGUUGCUGUCCUGCAGGGGGAGCUGCUGGUGCUGGGGGGCUACAGCCACCGUACUUACGCCCUGUCUCACCUGGUCCACGCCUACUGUCCUGGCCUGGGCCGAUGGCUCUGCCUGGGAGCGCUGCCCCGGCCCCGGGCCGAGAUGCCCGCCUGCCUCCUGAAGCUGCCCAUGGUUCAGCACGUAGCUCUCGUUUCCUCCCAGCUCCAAUCCAAACCUGCUGGGUGAAGGAGAGCCGCAGAGGAAGGGGGGCAGUAGGGAUAAGAAACAUCGGCAGAGAACGGAAGUUGGGGGCAGAAAGAGAAGGGCUUAUUCACGUAGGAAUUUCUUCUUGCACAAUGCUUAACAACACAUAAGCUGCUUUUGUAUCUGUGGCCUUCAUGGAGGAAAAGGUGUUUUAGAGCCUUGAGGAAAGGGUGUUGGGGAAGGGAUGACAGCUGAACAGUGAGGUUAAAAGAGGCUGCCCCAAAACAACUCGAUAAGGCUUAGGAAAUCUGGCAUGAUUCUUUGUCCGAAAGAGCAUCUGGCUGGGAAAGGUGAUCAAGAAAUUCCAGGGGCCAAGGUAGGGGUUCAUGAGCAGACAGUUGGGAAAAGGAUGAUUCUGACCCAAGAAUUAAGGACGAAAACAUGGAGAUCAUCUCUGCAGGAGUUUAAGAAGUGAGAGGAAGGACUGUAAUGCACAACUAUGCCUUUACCAGGAUUUGUUCCUGUCUGUUUCCUGUUCAUUGAGACAUAUAACACUCUUGACAAUAUUCUUCCAUAUUCAUUAUUAUUAUUUUUUGAAUGAGGGGUCCUCCUCAGUGAUGCUGGAGGCCACCAGGGUUAUUUCUGGCAGUGCUCAGGAAGCCAUGUGAUGCCAGGGAAUCUGGGUCCCUGGCAAUUGCCAGACACUAGCUCCAGCCCUUUGAAUGAUCUCAUUGGUCAAUUAAUACUAUCCUUUCUCAGGUAACUUAUAGGCCUAGCCUCUCAAUUCCCAACUCAGACACCACAGGCUACCCCUAAGAGCUUCUGAGUUUUCAGUCAGAGACAGGAAUUCCUGUUUGGAAAUGGCAUAGCACCAGGGCCUGAGGUGUCAGAGUGAUAGGGAAAGAAUGCUGUAUGUGAGGAAGAGGAGGAGGCAGAACAAAGGGGAAAGGCAUCCAUGUUGGAAAUGGGGUGUUAUGAGGCCAUUCUAAUGGAAUGAAAGCAAUCAAAAGCCUGACUGGUUCAUGUCUUCCUUUUGGAGCGAAUUCAGUGACAAAGAGUGAAAACAGGGCGGUUGUGGAGUGAGGAUCUUUGAAGAUCAGAGAAAACAAAAGAAAUGGCUCAAAGGGCUGGAACACAAGCAGAAGGCCUGGGUUCCAUCCUCAGUGCGACACGGUUCCCUAAACACCACAAAUAUUAGAAUACUGAGUCCUGCUAGGUGUCAGCUAAAAAAGAAGGAAAGAAAAAAAAAGAGAGAAAAUAAGAUGUGGCAGAGGAAAGAGUGAGAGGCAGAGAAGAACAAGAAAAAGUCAUGUUUAUCUUUCCCCUUCUGUCACUUUCAGUUUUUUAAAUCCAUUUCCCUUUUUCUUGGCCGUGGAAGGGUGAGUCAUAUACUUUCUCUCUUCUGCCACUCUGUUCUUCCUUUUUUCAAGUUCUCAUUUCCUUUCUUCCAGUUAUUAAUUACCUGCUCUGUACCAUACACUAUCAGAGACACUCAUGAGAAAAAGGUCAGCGAGCACUUGACCAGCUGACUGAUUUGGAAAUAAAUGUAUUUUGUGGUGGA